AUGGAUCUGAACGAGUGCAGAACGGAGGCAGGGGUGGAGAGCCUACGCAAAAGAGUUGAAGACUUGGGCAACAACUCGUUGAGGGCGGCAAGUAGCCGAGGCGAAAACGACGGACCUGCGCUGGCCAACAACGGAAUCUCAACCAUCGACCUGGAUGCGAUCGACCCGAGAAUACUCAAGCACUAUGCCGAACGAAGACUCAAGAAACGAAGUCAGAACUCGACCGUCAUCGGACACAGGCGAGUACCAAAUUUCUGGAUUUUCUAUGAGUGA